CUGCGGGCGUUCGACGCGGCGUCGGGGGGGGCGGUGCGAGCGAUGAUCGAGGAGGGAGAGUUUAAGGGAAAGGUUGGGACGUCCGCGUUCUCGAGGGCGAUCGCGGGGACGGCGAAACACGUCGGCGUGGUCGGCGUGGGGAAGAGGGGGGAGGCGACGACGAGCGCGAUGUUGACGCUGGGAUCCGCGGCGGCGGCGCAAGCGCAAAAGAGCAAGUGCAAGACGCUCGGGAUUAAGGGUGCGGACGGAUUCGAAAACGCGGUCGCGGCUGGGGCGUACUUGGGCGCGACGGAGGAUCAGAGGUUUAAGUCCAAGCCGCAGGCGAAGACGCUCGAAUCCGUGUCGUUGUUGGACGUCUCCGCGGAUGUCUCCGAGGGUAAGGCGCGCGCGGUGGGCGUGCAGUUGACCAAAGAUCUCGUCGCCGCACCGCCGAACGUGGUGACGCCGACCGCGAUGGCGGAAGUCGCCAAGUCCAUCGCCGCCGCGCAUCCGGAUUGCAUGAGCGUGAAAAUUUUGGAAAAGGCUGAUUGCGAAAAGCUGGGCAUGGGAUCCUUCUUGGGCGUCUCCGAAGCCUCGGACGAACCGCCGAAGUUUAUCCACCUCACGUACAAGGGUGCUGGGAGCGACUUGAAGAAAGUGGCUGUCGUCGGUAAGGGGCUGACGUUUGACUCCGGCGGCUACAACUUGAAGGCGGGCGCGGGGUCGAUGAUUGAGAUGAUGAAGUUUGACAUGGGCGGUUCCGGAGCCACGCUCGGCGCCGCGAAAAUCAUCGCGCAGACGAAGCCAGCGGGCGUCGAAUGUCACUUCAUCAUCGCGUCGUGCGAAAACAUGAUCGGUUCUCGCGGCUUGCGCCCUGGCGACAUCUUAACCGCGUCCAACGGCAAGACCAUCGAGGUGAACAACACCGACGCUGAAGGUCGUCUGACGCUCGCCGACGCCUUGGUGUACGCCGACAAGACGUGCGGUGCGACCGCCAUCGUUGACUGCGCCACUCUCACCGGCGCCAUCAUCGUCGCGCUCGGCAACGACAUCGCCGGUCUCUUUUCCCCGAAGGACGCCGCCGCCAAGCGCGUCGAAGACGCCGCCAAGGCGGCGGGAGAAGAUCUCUGGCGUAUGCCCAUGCCCGAUUCCAUGUGGUCUAUCAUGAAAUCUGAAAUCGCCGACAUGAAGAACACCGGCUCUCGCGGCGGCGGUUCCAUCACCGCCGCGCUCUUCUUGAAGCAAUUCGUCGACGAGAGCGUCGAGUGGAGCCACGUGGAUUUGGCCGGACCGGUGUGGGACGACAAGAAGGGCGGUGCCACCGGUUACGGCGCAGCGCUUUUCGCCGCGUGGGUG